GAAGGGAAUAAACGACCGCGCCAUUUGCAAUUUGCGUCAAGACUUCAAGAUGGCGUUCUUGUUUAGUGUUUUGCUCAAUGUAUUUUAUUCGCGAUUUCUGUGAAUUUGUCAUUUUAAAUGUGAAGUUGUUACACGGUAACAUAUAAAUUUCUGCAUAAAAUCUUAUAAAUUGGUUAAACGUGAAAUAGAUUGUAUAACUACCAAGAUGACCUCAAACGGAAACGAUGAUUUCUUUUCCGAUGCCUGCGAUGUAGAUCAGCACGAGCUGCUGGAAGAUUCUAGUCCCGAAACUGAUGAAGAACAAAUCUGUUCUAUUUGCAAACACACACUGGUGAACCCUCGCCUACUUUCGUGCCUCCACGCGUUUUGUCAAGGAUGCUUAGAGAAGAGGAAGGCGCAGGAGAAAGGUCGAGAGUUGAUGAUUGUCUGCCCAUCCUGCGACCAAGAAACCAUUCUGCCUCGUAAGGGUGUAAGCGGCCUUGCCUGCGACUACAUCUCUACGAACAUUCAAGACAUGUUGGCCAUUACCAACACCUCUGUGGAAUGUACCAGCUGCAAGGGCCAACAGUUGGCCAUAGCAAGGUGCUCCGACUGCGCCAAACUGCUCUGCCUCCAUUGCGAGCAAGCUCAUCAGUACAUGCGCUGUUUUGAGGACCACAAAGUCGUGUCCUUCGAAAUACUGAAGCAAGCCAAAGAAGCUGUCCCAAUACACAAGCCGGUGAAUUGUGAGACUCAUCUCAACGAGCCAAUGAAAUUCUUCUGCUACACUUGUAUGAUCCCACUGUGUAACGAGUGUGUGGUGGUGGAGCAUUGCGCACCAGAGCACCAGUACGAGCGGCUCGGCGAAGCUUACGAGAGGCAGAAGAAGGAACUGGUCAGUCUGAUUGCCGAGAGUAAGGGCAAGAUGGUAUAUUGUGAGGAGGCAACCACUUCUUUGCAGAACGCACUGGCCGAGCUACAGGCACAACACGACAACGCCAAGGGUCUUAUCGACGAGACGUUGCAGACCUACAAGGUUGUGCUGGAAAAAAGGAAGAAUGUAGUUUUGGAAGAAUUGAAACAAAUUCACAAAGAAAAAGAGAUCAAGAUCAUGGAGGCAUUCCAUUGUAUCGACAAAGUAGAGAAGAAGAUCGUGGACGCCAACAAGUUCACCAGUCGUCUGUUGGAGCAUGGCAGUGCCGCCGAGGUGUUGUCCCUGCGUCAGGUGGUGAGCGCUCAGCUGAUGAACCUGAUCAACAACACGCCUGCGCCAGAGGUCAACACUAACAUAGAGUUUGUCACCGACAUGGACAAGUUCCAAUCCGCCAUUCAGACUGCAUUUGGAUACUUCCGUCAACUUGAGUCGCCUGCAGUGACAGCCACGACUACUCCGCAGCAAGAGACUCCUCCUCCGCAGUCGCUCAGUCUGGCCAACUGUCCUCCUAGCAGUGUGACCAGCAGUCCCGUCAGCAUGCCUAGUAGCUACGACGGCGAACUCGGCAUCUCGUCGCCCUUGCUGCCUCUCAGCACCAUCCAGGAGUACAACCUGACUGCGUUGGCCAGCCUGGCUACGAACACGGAGACCAACGUUUCAUCAGCAUCUUCUCCCUCUCCGAGCUUCACGCUGAAUGAUCUCUUGACCGGAGAUCUCGCGUCGACCUCCCAUGCCAUGAAGAAUCUGGAGGCGCUCGUCAAGCUCAACAAUGUUUCGCUCAACGAACCCGGAGAAAAAGACGUUUCCCCUCCUCCGCAGAACUUCCUUGAAAAUCCUAAUCCUUUUAGCAGCAAUUUCCUUGGCGUCCUUACUGAGAUGGUUGUGAACGGUGGGCCGUUGAACGGUGCCGCAGGGCCAGCUCCUCUGCUCGGCCGCGUGUCUCCCAUAGACAGUAUUCCCCCGGUGUUGAGUCCAACAAUCAACGGUGUACCCGCCAUCUUGCCUCCUCCCCUAGCUGGUGUCGGCACCGGACUGCUGGCCACCGCUAGCAACGGUGUGCUUGGAAACGCAAUUCCGUUCAGUGCUCGUAACGGUACCAAGGCAGCGCAGCCAAUGCAGGUUCGCUUCAAGUUCGGCACUCUCGGACCAGCCAAGAACCAAUUCAACUCUCCACACGGCUUCUGUCUGGGAGUUGAGGAGGACAUCAUCGUUGCCGAUACCAACAACCAUCGCAUUCAGAUUUUCGAGAAGAACGGCAACUUCAAAUUCCAGUUUGGAAUCCCCGGCAAAGAGGAAGGACAGUUGUGGUAUCCUCGCAAGGUAGCGGUGAUGAAGGCCAGUGGAAAAUUUGUGGUGUGCGACCGUGGCAACGAGCGUUCUCGAAUGCAGAUUUUUACCAAGAACGGCCACUUCAUCAAGAAAAUCGCCAUCAGGACCAGCGAAUGGUGGAAUGUUCCUGCAAUAAAUGAUGCGUUUACCGGAAAGAAAACUCGUCCCAGGUACAUUGACAUUGUGGCUGGUCUGGCCGUCAGCUCUCAGGGUCACAUCGUCGCUGUCGACUCAGUGUCGCCAACUGUGUUUGUCAUCUCUGACAACGGUGACUUGCUCAGUUGGUUUGACUGCAGCGACCACAUGCGAGAACCUUCCGACCUGGCCAUCAAUGGCAAAGAGUAUUUCGUAUGCGACUUCAAAGGACAUUGCGUGGUGGUGUUCAACGAGUUGGGCACUUUCCUACGUCGCAUCGGCUGCGAAAGCAUCACUAAUUUCCCAAAUGGCAUUGACAUCUCUGACGCUGGCGAUGUCUUGGUCGGAGACUCUCAUGGCAACAGAUUCCACGUCGCAGUGUUUAACCGCAAUGGAGACCACAUCUGCGAGUUUGAGUGUCCUUACGUCAAGGUUUCUCGCUGCUGUGGACUCAAGAUCACUUCUGAGGGAUUCAUCGUAACUCUCGCCAAAAACAACCACCACGUGUUAGUGCUUAACACGCUGUACAUCGUCUAAUUAACCCUUAUGUUUAUGUUUUGAUCUCACAUGUCCGUCAUUGUUUAGACUUUUAAUUCAUUUUAACCUAGGUUAAGUUUUCUUACUAGCCUCAUUUUAAUGUUCUUGAACCCUGCUAAAGAUUUAUUUGUGUUAUCAAAGUUGGUCCUUUCAAAGGUCUACUCGGUAACAAAGGCAUUUAAGCUCAUAGAGCGUAUUUUUAUGAAAUACUUAGUUUGUUGUUAUGUUAGUCUUGUGGCUUUUAUUUAUUCGAGAAAGAUUUGAGAUUUGUAAUGUUAAUGUUGUUCCUAAGAGCGUUAGUAAAUGCGCGGGCGGUCGCAGGUCUGUAUAUUCCAAGUCAGCAUUCCUGCGUUUUGUGUGUUUAAAUAUUUAUAUAUCAAAGAUUCCCCCAAGACUGAUGUUGUCUCAAAGUAUUUUAUAUAUUAUAUUAUUUUAGUUUGAGUUUUAUUGUUAUUUAUGCUGCGGAGUUUCUCCCCACUCUCAUAUAUUUUAUUCUCUGUUUUAGAUUUAAUCUUAAUUCACUCAGUACGUUAGAUUUCUCACAAAUCUACUCGCUAAAACAGUGUUAACCCUUUAAAACUUAGAUAUUCCCAAAAUGUACUGUAUUAUCAUUUUCAUGUAGUUUAGACCACUGUUUGAAUGUCACAACCUUAAACUCAGGUGUUUAGAUCGCCACUCGAGGUAACCAUAAAAAUUAAAAAAAAAAUGAGUGUCUUAGGAUUGAGUAUGUUAUUUCAGUGCCAUUACGAUUGUUAGCACUUACAUACUAGGUGUGCAUUGUUGCAAUAUUUCUAAGUGUAAGAUUGAAUGUGUAUAUUUGUUGUAGUUUUAAUCGUUGAUUUGUCUUACUUUGUUUCUCAAGUGCCUCAUCCUUCAAACAGCCUCAAACUCUGUUAAAAUUGUCCGAUUUUUACGACACAAGCCCCCGAGUUACUUACAACCUUACGAUUGUACCGGGUGUAGAAAUUCUAUCGAGUCAAAGACUGUGAUAUAAAACCAUUGAGUGACGUAGUUCCGUUACCGAGGCUUACCUAUGUAUUUUAUUUGAUAGUUAAGUAAUGUGUUCUCUUUAUAGAUAUAAUAUAUUGUUGUAUCAAUAAAGCUUUUAGUUCAAACUGAUCUUUUUAGACAGUAUGUUGAUUUA